UUAUCUCAAAGUUUUACUUCAUUAAAACCUAGCUUUAGACUGUAACGUUAGCUGAGCCGUUAGAGUCGUCCAGUGCUCUCCAUGUUGGCCGACCAGCUGACAGUUUGGCUCGUUGUUGAGGCGGGGUGGGUCUCUAGGACCCCGCAGACUUGAGUUCGCGGGGCGGGGGACCAGGCGGAGAAAGGUGAAGUUAACCUCAAAGGACUGAUCAGAGGUCAGUUUGGACAUUUACUCGAUGUAGCGUUACCGCUUCAAAACGGCUCUUGUAGCCGAUCUCCUGUCGGUUUAUCCCAGCGUUACGCAUUUUGACAACGACACGAAUGGGAUAAACACAGAAGGCUAGGCUUUUAGCUAGCUUACAAAUAGUUUGACCUGCACACGUUGUGAUGAUCUUCAAGUUUAACACCAAAAUUAUUACCCCGGCUGGUCCUUCUGAGCUAGCGAAAUGGCCGUUUGUCGUUGUUUGGGCUGACGGUGGUCCGCGGCGUUGAUGCGGCUGAGCGCAGAGACCCAGAGCAAACGGCCGUCAUAAUCCGCAUUGUCAACAUCUCCAAUCAACUUAUUCCCCGGGGGUGGAGGUUACGCCGGGAGCUGGCCUGUUUUGGAUCAGCUAUGCAAGCGAACACAACGCGGGGCUUCCUGUGGUCGGACGUGGAGACGAGGACGCUGCUGAACAUCUGGGGAGAGCAGGACAUCCAGGCGGCGCUGGAUGGAAACUUCCGAAACAGCUUCGUGUACCGCGACGUCUCCCGGAGGCUGGGAGCCAUGGGGUUUGAAAGGACGCCCGAGCAGUGCAGGGUGCGGAUCAAAAGCCUCAAGAGGCAGUACUUGUUGGCGAAGGAGGGCAAUCUGCGGAAUAAUGGGCAGUAUCACAAGAUCUGCAAGUUUUAUGACACCAUGGAGAGGAUUUUGAGUAACCGGCCGAGUAUGGACGCCCAGGAGUUUAUAGACAGCGGUGCGGGAGGAGAGGAGGCCGUCGAUGGCCCGGAGGAGGAUGGGGAAGAUGCUCAGGAUGCUUACUCUGAGAGCACAGGGGAGUGUCCUUAUCCCGCUGAGACUGAAGUCAAGCUGGAAUACCCAACUGUUCCCAUCCCCAUUCCGGUUAAAGUGACAGUGGGGAAUAAUGGGACUUGUGCGAAGCCGCCUAACAGCAGCCAGUCGGCCAGCUGUUUGUCAGCCAGAGCACCCAAACGGCCCAGGAAGCGACGCGCCAACUUCCCCAUGGAGAAGCUGAUGGAGCAGUUCCUGGAGCAGAGCGCCCAAGCCGAGGACAACUUCUACCGGAUGGAAGAGCAGCGCUUGCAAGCAGAAGACCGGCGCCGGGAAGCUGAGCAUGCCCGGGAACUGCACAUGCUUCAGAUGCUUGGCCAGAUGUUCGCCAGCAUCUCCUCUGCCAGACCCGGCUCAGCAUCUGCUCUGUCCAAGACGACGAAUCCUGGCCCCGCUCCGGUCAUUUCCAGUACCUCCCCGUCACAUACACGUGGCCACUCCAGUCUUCCCAAACGCCCUUCGCCCCAGACAGACUCUCUCGCACAGCAGAAUCCAUUUCUGAGCGCAGACCCUCAGGCGUUAGUGUUUGAGCGCUUCUACGGUUUGGGCUCCACGUCGCACAGAGGUAUGGAGGAUGACAUCCUGUCACUGGUAAAGAACAUAGUCCCUCCGCUGACAUCCAAAAAACACAAGGGACAAGAUGGACGUAUUGGGAUCAUUGGAGGAUGUCAAGACUACACUGGAGCUCCUUACUUUGCUGCCAUCUCUGCUUUAAAAGUGGGAGCUGACUUGUCUCACGUGUUCUGCACCAAAGAUGCUGCAGCUGUAAUCAAAUCAUACAGCCCUGAGCUCAUAGUCCAUCCAGUUCUGGACAGUCCUAACGCGGUGGAAGAAAUAGAAAAAUGGCUUCCGAGACUACAUGGACUUGUGGUGGGUCCAGGCUUAGGAAGAGAAGACUUAUUAUUGAAAACAGCAAAGGAGGUCAUUGAGAAAACGAAAGCAAGAGAUAUCCCCAUAGUCAUUGAUGCAGACGGAUUAUGGCUGAUUACACAGCAACCAUCUGUUAUCCAAGGGUACCAGAAGGGCAUCCUUACGCCUAACUUUAUGGAAUUCACUCGAUUGUAUGAGGCAUUGCACCAUGAACCCAUGGACAGCAGUGAUUAUCAGCGAAGCGUCAUGCAGCUCAGUGUAGCUAUGGGCAACCUCACCUUGGUGCUGAAGGGGGAGCAGGAUUUCAUCACAGAUGGCAGCAAAGUGUACUCAUGCAGCUUAGAAGGCAGUGGGAGACGAUGCGGUGGACAGGGGGAUCUCCUUUCUGGGUCUAUGGGAGUGCUGGCACACUGGGCCCAUGCUGCUUCCGCAGCAGGAAUGAUCAGAAGUGUGAAUCCAUCAGUGGUUGCUGCAUUUGGUGCCUGUUCGCUCACCAGGCAGUGCAACAGUCAAGCAUUCCAGCAGCACGGCAGGUCCACCACCACCUCAGACAUGAUCCAGGAGAUCGGCUCAGCCUUCAAAAAGCUGUUCGAAAGCUAAAAACAGUCAGCGAUGCAAACAGUUGUAUAAAGAGAAAUAAUUUUACGCUCCUAACACAGCCUCUUUGGGAUUGAAAGAAAUGUUCUUCUUAAGCUGAAUUUUAAUGACUGUUUUGAACCUGGAAUCGAAAUCUGGUGCAAAAUAUACACACUGACAUGUUGUUUGUGUUGUGUUUAAUGGAAAUGUAACAAAAAGAAAACCACUAGUUGAAUAAUAAAUGCCUUCACCAAGCCCACCAAAGAGACUGAGACAUUAGGAUGAAGGGGCUCACACUAAACCAGAAACCUGUAUACGUUUUGAAAUAAAUUAUAAAUGUGA